AAAUCUACUGAUGUGUGUUGUGAUUGGCUGGAGAGCUAAUGAGUUCUUCUUAAUAGCUGAGUUUGUUUCUAUAGAAACCUGAAGGGAAAAAGUGAGGCCUCCUGAAGUGUUAUUUGAGACAUGGGUCUUUGCUUGUGUAGUGGAACCAAACAUUUCACUGAAGAGGCAGAGAACAGAUUUUGGGUGAUAAAUGUGAAUGAUGAUGGAAAAAAGAUAUGCCCUGGAAUUAUGGAGCUUACAGAAACCUGUUUAAUGUUUUAUCCUAAAAAGGGGGGACUUGUAAGGUGGCCUUACAUCAGCCUGGUGAAGUAUGGCUAUGAUUCCAAUUUGUUUUCCUUUGUCUGUGGCAGAAGAUGUGCAACUGGAGAAGAACUUUGUUUAUUUUUAGGUAUAUUUGGCUUCAGGUGCAUGCGUGCUGAAGACUUAUUUAACAUGCUCCAGAAUAACAUGCAGAAUAAUAGAAUAAGCAUCAUCUCUGAUACAGACUCUGAAUUUCAUACAUGUGCAUAUAAUGUUCCAUAUCGAUAUGAGACUUAUUCAGCAGUCUUUUCAUCAUCUCAGAGGCCUGAGCCAUUUUUCGGAGACUUUGUGGGGUCAUCAGUUACCCCCUCUUUGGAUCAAUCAUACAUGACAUCAAUGUAUAAGGAAAAAAGAAUGCAGCAGAGAUGUUUAUCAGUGGAAAGAAAAAACUCAGAUGGUGGAAUGAGCCAAACUUCCUCUAGGUAUAGUAACACUGAAGCAGAGGAGUGGAAUCAUUAUCAAAAAUCAUCUGUCUUGUUGAGAAACCAGUUUAAAAAGGAUGAUCUGGAAAUACUUAACACAAUUGGAGAUUUCGGCUAUGCCAACUGCGAUACAGGUUAUGACAGUGAUGAGCGCAAAGAGAGAUGCUGUGUAAAAAGAAGAGAGUAUGAGAAUAUUAUUGCUCUACCCAAGGAGUGUUUAAGAUCAAGAAGCUUAAUGCCGUCAGUGAGCAGCUCCGACUCUCAUAAUACAAACUCUGCUCUGAUAAAAUCAUCUGAAGGUGGCUACGAGAGUCAGCCCUCAUCACCAUCAGUCUUUGAGGAAAAGUACAGUUUAGAACAGAACAACCCAUUGAUUUUAAAUGAAUGUAACCCAUCAAGACAAACCCUGUUUAAGAGGUGCUCCUUUAGGCAGGAAUCAUUAACUCUUCAUGACUACAUCCCAACAUAUUUUAACUUUGAUGUGAAGCAGAUAUCACAGAAUGCUAAGAAACUUAAUUACAUACAGGUAGAGCUGGAAAGUGGCUGUGAUUCUGAACAUCCUCAGACUCCACAAAGCCCUGAUAUGGCUAUACCAUCAAUAACUAGUCAGCAGUCUGAGCUCUAUGCUGAACUGGACCUGGAGAAAACGGCUGCUUUGUCACGUAUACAGAACCAUAGACAACAUGAUGAUGGCACUAGAAAAACGAGACAUAAUAUUUUUUAGCGUGACCCUUCCUCCAAUAGAUUUAAUGUAUUUGUCUAUAUGUGAUGAUGAAGGCUCGACUGAAUAAAUUUCCACACAAGAUUUGGUUUGCACAUCAACAACUAUGGGUACAUAGCAAAUCGGGCUAUGUACCCAUAAGCAUAUAUGAGCUACCUCUGCUUAGCCUUUAGUCUGGUCUUAAGUGCUGUUCAGCAUGCUGCAAGUGUCCACUGUGGAACUGGUCCAUUUUAUUGCUUCUUAACUUUUUUCUAUAUUCAAGUAUUAAAAAUAGGACUAAUUUUUAGCUCUCCAGCAGCCCAGUCGAAGGCAAUAAAAUAUUCCUGAAAGUGAGCCAGUGCUAAGCUAUUUCAUAACUAUUUUUGAACAAGCUUAUUAGAUUCAUAACAUUUGCCUUUUUCCAUAAAGUAAUUGAAGUGCCACACUGACCCUGCACAUUAAGGUGCUGUAAUAUAAUUUGGGUUAUAUAUUAACAAAGGAACAAAGUCUAAAAUGGUUCAAUGCCCCAUAGCAACUAACUUAUUUUACCAUUGCCCUACUAUAAGACUAUUUAAAAAAAACAAAACAUUGGGAUUGGUAUAUGGGUUUACUGGACUGGGGCAAACUUCAAAAUAUAAACAUGUACUGUGGAAAAAGUCUGAAGUUUGAGAAAAACUUUUUUUUUUUUGUUUUUUUUCUUCCAAAGUUUUAUACAUUUACACUUAAUUUCUUGUUAACAAACAAAUAUGAUUUUAUAUUUUGGGGUGGAUGUUCAGCUGCAUUUAGCAGUUUCUAAGAAGAACCCAAGACCUCAAGGAUCUGGGGUGGGGCAAAGGUUUAGUGUAAACAUAAUUGUUUUGUGCAUUGUUUAUAGUGGAUGCUUAAACUAAAUUUUGUUUUACUGACAAGGAGCACUUCUGAUGCCUAAGUGGGAAUAUUACAGAAGCAAUAAAGCAUCUUUAGAUGUCUAGAUACAAUUAUGUCGCUCGCAAACAACUUACUAUCCAAAAAUGCUGUUGUAAUAUAUUUUUGGAACUGGUAUUGUUAAUUGUAUUAGUCACAGCAUUAUUUAUUCUGUAUUGCACAGUAUGAAUGCCAGCCAGCGGACUAUAUACUAAUUCUGUUCUCACAUCUGGUGCAUUAAAGCUCUUACAUUUUGGUAAC